AUGACGGCAUUCCCAAUGGAGGUGCUCGAUAGCUCGAAACGACAAGGCCACGUCAAGAUCACCGAUGUCCCAGAAAAUCCCCCACCAGAUUCCGAGAAAGGCAUCCAGACGACGUCUCCCAACCGCGACCUGAAGAGCAAGCUCCUCAACGCCGUCGAGCGGUACUGGCUGUUCGAGUUCUUCGGCUGGACUCUGGCGCUGGGCUGCCUGGUGGGCACGAUUGCACUGCUCGCCGUGCACAAUGGGCGAGAGGCGCCGACGUGGACGCUGCACGUGGGCCGCGGGCGAUACCGCAAGACGUUCGGGCUGACCAUCAACACCAUCAUCUCCGUCUUCGCAACAGCCUUUAACUCAGGCCUCUUGAUUCCCGUGGCCGCCAGCAUCAGCCAGUUGAAAUGGAUCUGGUUUCAGAAAGGCCGCCGGCCGCUGGCACAUUUCCAAAAGUUCGAGUCGGCGUCUCGUGGACCCUUGGGGUCGCUGAUUCUCUUGUGGACGUUGCGUUGCCGACGCCUCGCGUGUUUAGGAGCCGUGAUCGUGAUCGCCGCCUUGGGGACGGGAUUCUCGUUUCAAGCUCUGGUGGUCUACCCGCUGCAGCCGGUCCAGGUGGACGUUGCACGGAUCCAGAGGACGAAUUUGGACUGGGGCAGCAACUCUCUCAGUGAGUAUUCCGCCCAUCUCCUUCUUAACCUCCCUGCUUUGACCCCAACAUCCCCUUAUUCUGCCCAGCCAACUGACCGGGCUGGGCGCUUUCUAGCUACCAGUCUCUCCAACGACAUGGUGGGAGCAAUAUACUCGGGCAUCUAUCAGUACACGGAGCUGUCGCAGAUGAAGAACGUCUCGUGCCCGACAGGGAACUGCACAUGGCUUGAAACGUACACGUCGAUGGCCGUGUGCAGCGCAUGCCACGAUGUGACAGCCUCCCUUAAAAAGUCCUGUGGCACAGCGCUGGUGCCAGGGCAGGACGACGGGGUCCAUCCGGCGUCCAACGUCUCCCUGCCCUACUGCAACUACACGCUGCCCAACGGACUGAAUGUGUCUGGCGUGCCCGCGGUUAACUACUCAUCCAUCGACAUCUCGAGCAAUACUGGGAACUCGAUCCAUUUUGACGCAGACACAGCCCUCUCGGUGCUCUCCAUCAUCCAGACCACAUGGGGCCCCGCGGUCGAUGGGAAGGGGGACGCGACGGCGGCGAGCGACAUCAUGGGCAUUGCGGACAAGCAGGCCUUUGAAUGCGGUGUCUACUACUGUGUGCAGAAGUUCAACACGUCCGUGUCGCGUGGCACGCUGAGCGAGCGGGUCGUCGACAUGUAUACGACCGGCCGGUAUGACUCUGCUACAGGCGUGUACGCUCUGGAACCACCGGCGUCCUGGACUAAUCACUCAAACGCGGACUCGGCCAAUCUCUACCAGAGCAACAACCUGGGGCUGAUCCGAGACUUCUUCUCGACGCAGUGGCUGGGCCAGGUGCUGGAGUAUGGGACGCCGCCGGAGAACAAGCCGACGACCUCGGUUGCGCUGUUCAUGUGGGCGCUAUUCUUCGAGCAGAACCCCUUCCAGCAGUUCACGCAAAUGUUCGCCAGCCUGGCAAAGUCCAUGAGCGACACCAUCCGCUCGUACUCGUACACCACCGACGCGAUCCCCGCGGGUCUGGGCGCUGUCUACCAGGACAAGCCGCACGUCCAGGUGCGAUGGGGCUGGGUCGCGCUGCCUGCGGCGCUGCUGGGUCUGGCCCUGAUCUUGCUGGUCGGCACCAUGGCCGCCACCGCCCGCGACAAGACGCUGCUGUGGAAGGGUAACAGUCUGGCCGCCUUCUCGCACCCCUUGACCAGCGACGCCCGUGCCGUCGUCACCGACGUCCACAGUCCCAGGGAGGUGCUGAGGAUCGCCGAGCAGAUGGAUGUGAAGUGGGAGAAGACGGAUCGCGGGUUCAGACUCGUGCAAUGA